GCCGUUAGAAACUGUGUUGAGAUAUUUCAUAUUUGUGUUGCUUGCUGCUCUGUAGUUAGUUUCUAAUGGCGUCUUUCUCUAUCCACAGAGCUGGAAACUCCUCCCUCAGCCUCACCCUACCAUCCCCAUCCCAUACCCACUAUCCAUCUCAACUUUCUUUUAAGCCCCUCUGCACUUCCGCAACGCCUAACGGCACCACAUCCGCCAGAACCGCCCACUCGCGCCGUACCACCACUCAACCCAGAACCUACAAAGACACCUACCGAAAGCCCACCAACACUAUUCAACAAGACAGAAUCGACUUUAUAGGUCUGUGCAAUGAAGGCAAGAUUGAAGAAGCAAUUGAGUAUAUUUCACGAGGUUUUACUGCCAGUUUUCGUGUUUUUGAGGUGCUAUUGAACUAUUGUGUCGAGUCUGGAUCUUUUGAGCUUGGGAAAAGGGUUCAUGAGCUCCUGUCGCGGUCUGAUUAUAGCCAAAAUCUUGAAUUGAGUGGGAAGCUGGUUGAAAUGUAUGUGAAGGGUGGAGAAGUGAGAAGUGCGCGCAAGGUGUUCGAUAAAAUGCGCGAAAGGAAGUUGGAGCUUUGGAAUCUGAUGAUAAAUGGGUAUGCAGAAAAUGGGGAAGGGGAAACCGGUCUGCUCCUUUUUGAGCAAAUGAGGAAACUUGAGGAAGGCAAACCCAAACCCAAACCCACUGGGGAUACAUUCUCAGCAGUUUUUUCUGCUUGUGCUAGUGAAGGAGCUGUGGAGGAAGGAUUGUUGUACUUUGAUUUGAUGAAGAAUGAGUACGCCAUUGUUCCAGGAAUUGAGCAUUAUUUGAGGGUUAUAGAUAUCUUGGGGAAAUCUGGGCAUCUGAAUGAAGCUAUUGAGUUUGUAGAAAACAUGCCUGUUGAACCCACCAUUGAAGUGUGGGAGGCAAUGCUGAAUUUUGCAAGAAUACAUGGAGACAUGGAGCUUGAAGAUAGAGCUGAGGAGCUUUUAUUACGAUUUGAUGGCUCAAGAACUACGACCGAUAAGAUUCCCGUGCCAUUGCAAAAGAGGCGCUCCGACUUCAAUAUGCUAGAGGGAAAGGAAAGAGUGGGCGAUUUCAAGAAUCCCAGUCCAUACAGGGAAGAAGCAUACGACAAAUUGAAAGGCCUGAGUGGGCAACUAAGGGAUGCAGGUUACGUACCGGACACAAGAUAUGUGCUCCACGACAUUGACGAGGAAGCCAAGGAGCGGGCGCUAAUGUAUCACAGCGAACGCUUGGCGAUCGCCUAUGGUUUAAUCAGCACUCCAGCAAGAACAACUCUUAGGGUCAUCAAGAACCUUAGGAUAUGUGGUGAUUGCCACAAUGCUAUAAAGGUCAUGUCGAAGAUUGUUGGGAGAGAGCUGAUUGUUAGGGACAACAAGAGGUUCCAUCAUUUCAGAGAUGGUAAAUGCUCUUGUAAUGACUACUGGUAAAAUGGGCAGUUGGAGAUUAUGAAGUGAGAUAUUGCAAACACAGUUUUAUCUGCAGAACUAAAAUGUAAAUUAUAUACACCCAUAGGCUAUAGCUAUUGAUGUAUCUAUUUCUCUGGAUAUGACAAAUGUAUCAUCAGGUUGAUUCAUGCUGUGAUAUACUCGUGAUUAUUGGGUUUCUGCUAAUUACUUUACAGUGAAGCCUCUGUUCUCUACACUGCCUUCUUGUCCAGAUUUGCAAGUAUAUCAUCAAUAUUUGAUUCGUUUUA